CUGUUUUGAAAGAAACAUAAAAGAAUAUUAGUGCAUACGUAAUAAUUAUUUUGCAAAUAUUUCAGCAAUAGAUGUGUGAUUAAAAUCUCUCAAUUUACAGUGACAGAUAUCAGCUGUUUGGUGCGUGUUUGUUCCUGCCAUUGUUCAGGCGUAGAAUAAUUUGAAUUAAUUUUCGCACAAUGCAGGGUCUAACAUAAAAUGUUAACCCAGUGAAUUAGAUAAAACAAAGAUACAAAUAAAUGAAGUCACCUGAAGCUAUGGCAAGUGGGAGAGGAGUGAUAAAUCUAAGGUUCAAUCAAGAUCAAGGUUGCUUUACAUGUUGCAUGGAAAGCGGUUUACGUAUAUAUAAUGUGGAUCCUCUUGUAGAAAAGGCACACUUUGAUAUGGAUUUAAUGGGGAGUGUAGGGCACUGUGAAAUGUUGCAUCGUACCAAUCUCCUUGCCAUCGUAGCUGGUGGUUCCAGGCCAAAGUUUGCAGAAAACACAGUGCUAGUGUAUGAUGACAUUUCAAAAAAAUUUGUUCUGGAGUUCACCUUUACAACACCUGUUAAAGCAGUACGACUAAGGCGGGAUAAGUUAGUGGUAGCACUGAGCCAGCAGAUACAUGUUUUCACCUUCCCGUCUCCUGCUCAGAGAUUAUUCACCAUAGAAACACGUGAAAAUGUACUAGGGCUAUGUGAAGUCAGCCCGUUUCAGACAGCCGAACGGCAGCUUCUCAUGUUUCCUGGGCACAAAAUCGGCAGUGUAGAACUAGUGGACUUGGCCAACACCGAAGUUGGCAUGUCAAGUGCCCCUGUCACAAUCAAUGCUCACCGGGGUGAACUAGCAUGCCUGGCCAUAAAUCAGCAGGGCACCAUGGUAGCAACAGCUUCCUCUAAAGGCACUUUGAUACGAGUCUGGGACACAUCAAAGAGAGUUCAGCUGGUUGAGCUAAGGAGGGGUUCAGAUCCUGCCACCCUAUAUUGCAUAAACUUCAGCAUGAGUUCCGACUUCCUGUGUUGCUCAAGUGACAAAGGAACAAUACACAUAUUUGCUCUGAAGGACACUCACUUAAAUCGAAGAUCCACGUUUUCCAGAAUGAGUGGUAUCUUGGGCAAUUAUGUAGAGUCUCAGUGGGCCUUAGCCAAUUUCACCGUGCCUCCUGAAUGUGCCUGUAUAUGUGCAUUUGGGUCAGGAAAUGCUGUCAUAGCGAUUUGUCUGGAUGGAACGUUUCACAAAUAUGUGUUCAGUCAAGAAGGAAACUGCAGUCGAGAAUCAUUUGAUGUGUACCUUGAUGUCUGUGACGAUGAUGAAUACUGAAGAGUUCGUGCCACAAACUGUAUUUAACACAAACUAGAUUAAGGUGCUUCUGUGCUUGCAAGAAAAUGGCAACGUACUGGCAACACUGAAGCCAUACUUGCUGUAACACCACCAGAAUUUCCAGGAAAUUGAAAUUAGCGGUUAAACAUGGCCUGUCAGUUGGAUGGAUGUUCGAAACUGUCUAUUUAACCCUCUAAGGUCCAAUUCUUUUUAUGCCAUUCAGUCCCACUAGGCUGAAUCAUAUUUCUGCAGAAAAAUCAUGGUGUUUUUUCCAAUAGAAAUGAAGAACUUUAAAAGGCCAGAGUCCAAAUUAGGACUGGAAUGCAGAAUUUAAAUAGCCAUACAAAGUUCAGUGUGGGGCCAUAAUGGAUGAUGCAAAAAGCCAAUUAUUUAUAGGACCAGGCUACAACAGAGAAUUUAAGAAGCCAUACCGGUUCCAGGUUGGGAUUUCAGAUGGGUAAUCUUAAUACCAUUUCAGACUUGACAUUUGAUAUCAAAAUUUCUCUCCAGUAACUCCUGAAAUGCCAUGCUUGUCUUAUAAGUUAUGAUCCAAGAAUCAUGAUUAAUCCAUCUUCAUUAAAAUUUCCAUAAUUUGUAUCUUGCCUGUCAUAUUGCACUUUUUUUUUAUUUAAAUUUUGCCAUUAUAACUGUAAUGUACUUCAGAUGUGUACAUGUGAAGGAGAAAAUAAAAUAUAUCAUCAGUCCAGUUCUAGUAGUCUUCCAUUCUAUUUCAUCGUCAAUUUUAGGCAUAAUGUAUACAGCAGCUUUCUUCUUGUUGCAUAAAGGGUAUCUCUAAAUGCAUCCAGGCUGCUAUGUUAAAAAAAAGAUUAAAAAUAUUCUUCACACUGCUAUACAUCUGAAAGUGUGUGAAUAUGGACCAGUUUGGGGACUCAUCCUUCAACCCAAAGGCCAUGUUAACAUUUAAAUACCAUUGGGCUGAUAUGGUAUUUUUUCCUGUAUUCAUUUUGGAGCAAGAAAUUGAAUGAGGUAUACAGAUGAUCUUUCAACUUCUGAAAAUGUAUUUUAAGUAACCUAAGUGGCCUCCCAUUAAUGAAAAUUUUGGGACAUUGUGAACAACAUUCAGAGUUGUUAUUAUCUCUUUUGAACAUGAGAAUCAUUGGUCACUACGCACAUCAAAAGGAUGAUAUCUCACUUCACGUGUUGUGUAACGUUUUAAUAUCAACUGGUUCUUGUGUACCUGAAAUUCUGAGUUCAAUGAUAUUUGCAGGCAGAGUGAAGUCUGGAGAAGUGGGAGGUCACUCCAUAGGCUUAUUUCUACCACAUCUUGUCCCACUGAGAUAAUCUGGCACACUGUAAUGUAAAUGGGAAGGUGCAUUGUAAUGUCAAGAUCAUAAAGGCUCCGAGGUCUUGUUCAAGCAGUGGAAUCACCUUAAGUUCCUGCAUUUCCGUCCUCUGCUACUGCCACUGCAGUCCAUCUAGUCCAUCUAGUGGGCUGUGAAUUACAAGCAUUGAAUGUUGUUCACUGUGUCCAAAAGCUUUCAUUAGUGUGGGUAGCUGACGUUAUUCAAAGUACAAUUGCAAAAGUGUAAAGAUCAUUUGUAAUAACCCUAUAUGUGGAGCAUUUGUUAUGAACUCUGUUAAAUGACUCAUGUUGAAGUGGGAAUAUCGCAGGAAGAUAAAUAUACUCUGUUAUUCAGUGCAUUGCUACUUCUUAUUUUCAGCGUUAUCUUUGAAAAUUUUAUUGUAGUUAACCGAUUAACUAUAGAUUCCUCUUACAGGAAGUAAAUAAAAUAAAAUUAUGGAAUUUCAAAACGUGUUAGACACGGGAAUCUGACAUCUGCCUGUGUAAGGCAAGUCAGUGUCACUUUGAAGCGCUAAUGAAACUGCAUGACCAUAGUCUAUUAAUCAAGAAACACGUUUGUUGAACCCUUUUUAUGCCGGUUCCUGAAAAAUAUAUCUAAGCCACACAGACUGUAAAUUUUUACACAUUAACUGAUAUUUUAAAAAGUCUACUUGUGCAAUAAACAAUAACUGGAAAAUACUGAUCAUAUUGCAUUUUAACUGAGCAUUCAAGAUUAUGCAUUAUUGCCAACAGUAAUGAAAACAAAUUUGUAGUCGUUCAUAAUUUACUAAUUUUGUAAACAUUUUGUAUUGUGUGUUUGUAUAUAUAAACAUUUCUUAUUUUAUUGCCAGAGGCUGUGGCAAAACCAGUCAUUGUUGUGUGGGGAAGUACCAGAAGAGCAUUGUCUUAUUUUUUUACUUGUGAUCCGUAUUGUGAUUUAAUGUCUUGUAGCAAGAAGUCAAAUGUUUGGAAUAACAACGAUAAUUUGCACAAGGUUCUAGCUCUGUUGCAAUGUAUUUGUUGUGUGUACAUGUUUGUUAUGUUGUGUGUUUUGUAAGAGAACUACAUCUGUUUAUAUUUAAAUGUUCUACAAAAGAAAAGAAAAAAAGAGAACAAAAAAUAUAAUGAAAGCAUUCUCAA